CCAGAGAGAGGGACUGAGACACAGACCAGUGUCGAGGGGGAAGCAGCCUGAGGUAUGUCCUCGGGAAGUUAAUAUCAACAGCAGUGGGAGAAAUCAGGCCGCGGGGUGCUGCACCGAGCAACAGGAACACCCCUGUCGCCGCUACCUCCACACCCACCCCCGUGGAGCUGCCCCUCCUCUCCGCCCCUUCCUGCGGUUGUUUCACGCCGCUGUCUGGCCGCAGCAGUCCGGCUGGAACAUCCCCGAUGCACCGCGGCGGCUGCCAGCAAGGCGCCGGGAGCCUCCCACCCACCACACGGUGCAAUGCAACACGGGCUAGUGCUUCCAGGGUGUCCCGCUACAGCUAACGGAGCUUUUGUUUAAAUACUUCGAAGGUAACAAAAAAAAAAAAAAAAAGCCAUGACAUGUCGAGUCACAUCUGGGGCCUCUGCUCGGAUGUUUUCUGCUAACUCUGGACUGCCGGUUCAUGUUUCUUCCGUUCACUUUUAAGAAGAGCUCCCCCCGCCCCCCCUCCCCGGAUUAACUCUCGACAUUCUGCUGCUGCGGUUUAUUUAUUUAUUGUAUGGAAAGUCUUUGGGAAUUUCAAGACAUGGUAACGCGUGAAAGCGAGAGAAAAAUAAGGAUUUAUUUUGGCUCAGACAACUAAGAAGGAAUCACAGGAGCCCAUAGGGUACCACCGGUUGAACAGAGCCUUUUAUUGAUACCGUUACAUGAGUUAUUUUCCGUGAAGUGGUUGUGGUGAAAGGUCAGGUUCUUUCACUGUAAGGGGCCUAAAUUCACGCUUUGAAGUUUCAAGUCGGACAUUGGGAGCGUUUCUUCAUCAACAUGGUCAUCUUCAACGGGCAGCUGAAGAUCAAGAUCCGCGAGGCUCUGGACCUCAAGCCCACAGCUUGGUCCCUACGUCACGCCGUCGGCCCCAAAACCCAGACGUUCCUCCUGGACACGUACAUCGCUCUCAACGUGGACGACUCCCGCGUGGGUCAGACCUCCACCAAGCAGAGGACCAACAGCCCCGCGUGGAACGACGAGUUCACCACGGAGGUCCACGACGGCCGCAGGAUCGAGCUGUCCGUCUUCCACGACGCGCCCAUUGGCUACGACGACUUCGUGGCCAACUGCAUCAUCCAGUUUGAGGACAUCCUGCACAACGGGAGCAAGCACUUCGAGGACUGGAUUGACCUGGAGCCAGAGGGGAAGGUGUAUGUUGUCAUUGACCUAUCAGGAUCUUCCAGUGAAGCUGCUCCGGGCUCCACAGAGAAUGAGGAGCGAGUGUUUCGGCAGAGGAUGCGUCCCAGGAAGCGCCAGGGUGCCGUCCGUCGGAGGGUCCACCAGGUCAACGGACACAAGUUCAUGGCCACCUACCUGAGACAGCCCACCUACUGCUCCCACUGCAGGGACUUCAUCUGGGGGGUCUUAGGAAAGCAGGGGUACCAGUGUCAAGUGUGUACCUGCGUGGUCCACAAGCGCUGCCAUGAGCUGAUCAUCACAAAGUGUGCAGGCAUGAAGAAGCAGGAUGACACAGUCGGAGAGCAAGUCGGGUCUCAGAGGUUCAGCGUCAACGUUCCGCACAAGUUCAGCAUCCACAACUUUAAAGUUCUCACCUUCUGUGACCACUGUGGCUCUCUGCUGUGGGGUCUGCUGCGACAGGGACUGCAGUGUAAAGUGUGUAAAGUGAAUGUACACAGGCGCUGCGAGAGUAAUGUAGCUCCUAACUGUGGCGUGGACGCUAGAGGGAUCGCUAAGGUCCUCUCUGACCUCGGUGUCACACCAGACAAGAUCUCCAACAGCGCCCAGAGACGGAAAAAGCUUCCUCAGGGUCAGGAUCCUGUGCAGCCGUUACCAGGGACGCGUAAGACGGAAGUCGAUCGCUCCAAGUCGGCCCCCACCUCCCCGUGUGACCAAGAUGCGAAGGAGCUGGAGAACAUCCGGAAGGCCAUGUCGUUUGACCACCGGGGUGAGGAGCACAAGAAACACUCCCUCUCCUCCACGUCAUCUGUUGCUACAGUAACAGAGGAAAGUCAUGGAGGAGGAGGAGGAGGAGGAGGGGGAGGGGUGGAGGGAGGCAGCAUUGGGACCAAGGGUGUAGGAAGCAGUGAGAACGGAGAUGUCAAAGGUCAUAUCACUCCUGAAAUGAAGAGGAUGAAGCUGCACGACUUUUUGUUCAUCAAAGUUCUGGGAAAAGGAAGCUUUGGAAAGGUGAUGCUGGCCGAGCUGAAAGGCAGCGACGAGGUUUAUGCCGUCAAAGUGUUGAAGAAAGACGUGAUCCUGCAGGACGACGACGUGGACUGCACCCUGACUGAGAAACGGAUCCUCGCCCUGGCCAGAAAACACCCAUACCUGACACAGCUCUUCUGCUGCUUCCAGACUAAG